UCCAGUGGCGCCGGCAGAGCACCAAGAGCCCAGCCAUGCGACUGCCAGUGAUCCUCGUCCUCGUGUCCGCGGCGCUGUGUGGCGUGCUCCCGCCACCUGAGGUCACCGCUGGUGACGGCGGCUGGAGCAUCAUCGACGGAGAGGUGGCGAAGAAGGGCGAGUUUCCCUGGCAGGCGCAGCUGAAACGCAACACCGUCUACGUGUGCGGCGCCGUGCUUGUGUCGGAUUUGUGGCUGCUCACCGCCGCUCACUGCCUGUCGGCAGAGCCGAACCCCUCGGCUUACCAGGUGAUACUAGGCGAAUAUGACGUCACGGUGGAGGAGGGCUCAGAACAGCGGCGAGGUGUGGCACAGAUUGUCCUGCCCUCCGACCAGUUCAACACGCAUCGCAGUAGCCUUCAGUACGACGUGAACGACAUCGCGCUUCUCAAAAUCGACCAGCCCGCCAUCUAUACACAAUGGGUGAAAGCUCUGGCUCUACCGGAUCCCGCGGAAGACUUCGAUGGACAGAUGGCGGUGGCUGUCGGCUGGGGGGCCUCUGGGUCGACAGGCGUGGGUCCAGUCUACCCCAAAGUCCUGCAGAAAAUCACGAUGACCUUGCUGGCUGACGACGUGUGCCUGCGCGACCUGGUCUUCUUCAACUACGUGCCGGCCACCAUGAGCUGCGCGAUGCCGCCAAACGGCAGCAGCCUGUGCUGGGGCGACUCUGGCGGCGCACUCACGUACUACAAGUCCGCCGACCAGCCGCUGCUGGCCGCCGUCACCUCCUGGGGCGUCGAUUGCGACCUUACCCGGAUGCCGACCGUGUUCGUCGAGGUGUCCGCCUUCGUGAAGUGGAUCGCAGAUGUGAUCAGCGCGGACGUGGUGUAG